AUGUCGCAACGGUCGGCCGGGAGCCAGAGAGGCUUCACACAGCCGGGGGCCUUGCAGGAAUUCUGUUCUGCUUUGGGCAUCGAUGUUCCACAGUACGCCGACCUGCAGUGGGUCGUCGAAGAGGCCGUCCACGCGCCCGUGCCACAAGGGUGGUCCGAGCAGCGCGACGCCGACGGAGUGGCGUCCUUCGUGUGCGUCUCCUCGGGGGCAUUUUCGGCCCAGCACCCGCUCGACGCGGUGUACAGGGACAGCCUCGCCGUGAUCGUGCGGCUGCGCAGGGAGGGCCGCAGUGGAGCAGCGUACUCCGCCGCCGUGGCGGAGCACCUGGCAGACCGGCGCAGGGAGGCGGAGGAAUACCUGGAGGCGUGGUACGCGCCCGAGGUUGCAGGAGACGCACCGCAGUGUUACUACAGCGAGGGCCUGAAGGCGGUCAGCUGGCUCUGCCCCGCGGCGCGUUGGGAAGAGGAGCUUUCGGUGCGCUGGCGGGUGCUCCAGUGCGCCGGUGGAGGCGCUCCGGGCCCCCCGCCCGGCGGCCCUCUGCGCCUGGCAGAGCCGCCGGCGGGGCUGGCGCAGAGGUUGGCGGGCGGCUCCUCGUGCGUCCCGGGAGCGGCCCUCAACACCAUCAACGUAGACAUGCCGCGCACGGCCGGCGGCGACGACGAGGUGACGGCCCUCCUCGGCACGAUCCGCAGUAUGUGCGUGCAGCGCGCGGCCGAGGACCCCGAGCUGUCCUAUUGCCAGGGGAUGGGUAUGGUCGCCGCCCUGUUCGCAGUCUCCUCGCGCUGUGAGGAGCAGGCGUACGCGCGGUUCAGCGGGUACAUCUGGCGCCUCCGCGGCCUCUGGCUGCCCGGCUUCCCGCUGCUGGUGGCUGGGGCGGCGCUGUUCGAGCAGCUCGCCGCGGGACGGCCGUGGUUCCAGCACUUCGAGCAGGCUGGCUUCGAGUACAACAUGUACCUGCCGCAGGCGUGGCUGGCUCUGUUCCAGACCUGGCUGCCGCGCCAGGCGCGGCAGCUGCUCCUGCCGCUGCUCGAGCGCGAGGGCCUGGCCGGCCUGCUCGCCACGUCGCUGGCCGUCCUGGACCACCUCGAGCCCUGGCUGCUGCAGCUCGAGGACGAGGAGGAUCUCCUCAUGGGGCUGCAAGAGUUCAGGGGUAGGGCGCCAGACCCCGAGGGCCUCGUCGAGGCUGUCCGCGCCUGGCUACCCAGGGCGCGCAGGGGCGCCCUGCUGCGGGCCCCUGCGGCGGCGGCCGCGGCCAGCGGCGCGGAGCCGGGGUCGCCCGCGCUCGCGGCCGCGCUCGCGGCGGAGGCGGCCGGCCUGCCGCUGCGGCGCUCGCAGGCGGCGCUGCUGCGGGCGGAGCGCGGCCAGGAGCCGGCGCUCCCCGCGCGCCCGCGGAGGUCGAAGACGUGGGCGGCCGCGGCGGCCAGCGCGCAGUCGCCUGGGGGCGCCGCGGAGCAUCUGGCGGCCGGUGCGCAGGCGCCUGGCGGCGCCGAGGAGCCUCUGGCGGCCGGCGCUCAGUCGCCCAGGGGCGCUGCGGAGCCUCUGGCGGCCUCGGGCAGCGCGGGUGCUGCUGCCGCGGCGGGCGGGCUGGCGCCGGCAGCCGCGGCGGGCGGCGGGGGGCCGGCCGUCCUGGGCGGCGCGGGUGCCGCCGCCGCGCCGCACGCCAGGAGGUCCCAGAGAGCGCUCGCCCGCUCAGACGACGGUGAGGGGUCGAGCCGGCGGUGAGGAGGCCGCCGAGGGCGCGCCGCGUACGGGGAUGUAGAUGCCGCUCGCUUGCGACCGGCAGGCGGGCGCCGACCGAAUGGUCCCCGCCGCCCAGGGCCCAGGGAGGCGACGCCCGCGGGAGCGGGCCGCUCCUGCGUCGCGGGGGUGGCCUGCGGCGCGUGGGCGCUGUCGGCGGAGACAGCUCGAGGCUGCGCGCGCUGGGCGGGUCUGUUGCGAGCGGGCGGGGCUCUGACCACAGGUCGCCAGAUUUGGCAGAGGAAGAGUGGUAGAAUGGAUCAGCGGCUCCGCCAUGGGGGGCGCCUGUCCCGAGGCGGCUUCAAAGCCAAUGCGUCUACGGCGACACCUUGGGGUAUGAGCUGUCCAGCCGCCCUGGGAGAGGCCUCCCCGGUGUCGGAAGAACAUCUGUUAUACCGUUCUUCGUCCGCUAGCAGAGCUGGAGGGCGUCGACUGCACACCUACAACCUACACCGAUGUACUGGCCAGGCCGAUCGUGGGCCCAGAGUCGGUGCUCAUGCCGCCCUCUUGGCCAAGGCAGGCGGGCGUACACACCGAUCCUGGGCCUAGUGAAAGGCCUGGGUGCAGAUGCAUAUAGCUGGCGUCCUCCUGUGCACAUGGCGGGCGGUCUACCGGUGAGCGGUCCGCGCGGGUGUGCCUGGUGCGGGGUGGGCCGCGGCCUCGUCAUUUGCGGCGGGGGCGGCGGCCUGCGCCGGGGCGAGGGGACGCGCCCCUCUGCGGCGGGCGGGACUCUGACCACAGGGCGCCGGAUGCCAGCAGUCCUCCCCGCCGA